AUGGCAGAGAGCGAGCUUGCCCCCAAGUUCGCCCCGUUCUUUUCCUUUGCUGGCAUUGCUGCUGCAAUGAUCUUUGGGUCGGCAGGAGCAGCUUAUGGCACAGCAAAGUCAGGCAUCGGUAUUGCGGGUGUGGGAACAUUUAGAUCCGAUCUGAUUAUGAAGUCCCUCAUUCCCGUCGUUAUGUCCGGUAUCAUCGCAGUUUAUGGUCUCGUUGUCGCAGUUCUCAUUGCGCAAGCAGUGGGCCCAACAACCAACAUGAGCUUGUACACAGGCUUUAUGCACCUGGGUGCAGGACUAUCUGUCGGUCUUACAGGCGUGGCUGCUGGGUAUACAAUCGGAGUGGUGGGAGAUGCGGGUGUUCGGGCAUACAUGCAACAAUCGCGAGUCUAUGUUGGAAUGAUUUUGAUCUUGAUUUUCGGUGAAGUUCUUGGUCUUUAUGGUACUACCGCAACUACGAGUACAAUACGGUUGCAACACUCGCCGAAUGAGGCGCCAGGCACCAUGGUGUUUCCUAGACCAAACGGAUCCCUCCACCAGAUCGAAAAGUCCAUUGUCGAAUCCCUCCGCUCGUCUCCGCGAUCCUCCAACCCAUUUCUUAUCACCGAGCGCCAGGGCGAGAAACAACUGUGUAUCCAAUCAAGGACGUUGCGCGUGACUGAUUUUGUCCUCAUCAAGACCCUGGGAACUGGCACUUUUGCUCGGGUAUGGCUCACAAGGUUGAAGGACCAAAAGGACAAAAGCAAAGUCUAUGCUCUAAAAAUUCUUCGAAAGGCAGAUGUGAUCAAACUCAAGCAAGUGGAACAUGUGCGCAACGAACGAAAAGCCCUGGCUGCGGUCAUUGAUCACCCUUUCAUCACCACCCUCAUUGCGUCUUUCUCGGAUGAAAAGAGCCUCUACAUGCUGCUGGACUACUGCCCUGGAGGCGAGAUAUUCACAUAUCUUCGCAAGCAAAGACGCUUUAGCGAGGAGACUUCGAUUUUCUACGCCGCCGAAAUUACAAUGACAAUUGAGUUCCUCCAUGAUGUCCAUGGAAUUGCUUACAGGGACCUCAAGCCGGAAAAUAUCCUACUGGACGCCGAUGGUCAUCUCAAACUCGUUGACUUUGGAUUCGCGAAGCAAGUCGACAACCGCGAGACAUACACCCUUUGCGGCACGCCGGAAUAUCUCGCCCCGGAGGUUAUUCAAAAUAGCGGUCAUGGACUUGCUGUGGACUGGUGGGCGCUUGGAAUCCUGAUCUACGAGUUUCUGAUUGGCCAGCCCCCAUUCUGGGAUCAAAACCCUAUGCGAAUCUAUGAGCAGAUCGUCGAGGGUCGCCUGCGCUUCCCCCCGAAUAUGCCGCCCGCAGCGCAGAAUAUUGUCUCUCUUCUCUGCAAAACAAACCCAACGGAACGACUCGGCCACAUUUCUGGUGGCUCGACCCGAGUCAAGUCACAUCCGUUCUUCCAAAAUGUCAUUUGGGACGAUUUAUUCUACCGCCGGGUGAAGGGGCCUAUACUUCCCCGCUUAUCGCACCCCGCGGAUACUGGUAACUUCGAGGAGUACCCGGAUCCCCCCGACGUCAGACACGCCAACAUCUACACCGACGACCUGAAGAAGAAGUAUGAGGCAUUAUUUAGUGACUUCUGA